CGGAUGGUAGAUAUGACCAUACGAGGCAGAGAGUGGCCGUUGCUCAUUGGAUUUUGAUGAGUGAACAACCAUUUAAUGCUGUGGAAAAUGAUGGCUAUACUUUCAUGAUGAGUAUCAAUCAACCCCAAUUUCAGAAGAUUUCUCGUGCCACGGUGAAGAAAGAUGUCAUCAAUGUUUAUAACUUGGAGAAGAAAAAAUUGAUGUUGGCAUUGAAAGACAUCAACAAGAUUUCAUUGACCACUGAUAUUUGGAAGUCAAAGGUGCAAAAAAUGUCUUAUAUGUGUGUCACUGGCCACUUAGUUGAUUCACAGUGGCAACUUCAGAAUAGACUUCUCAGCUUCAUACCUCUUCCUCCUCCACAUGGAGGUGUUGAUAUCUAUGAUGGGCUUACAAAGUGUACAAAGGAUUGGGGAAUAGAGCACAAAGUUUUUACCAUCUCUGUGGAUAAUGCCUCGAACAAUGAUGUGGCAAUUCGAAUUGCUAAAGAAACAUUCUCAAGGAGCCGUAAAUCGCCAUUGGAAGGUCAGUUGUUUCAUGUUCGAUGUACUGCACAUACAUUGAAUCUAGUUGUAAAAGAUGGUCUUUUGGAGAUUAACAAAACCAUUGAAGAUGUCAAAAACAGUGUGCGGUUUAUUAAUCAAUCAGAGUCUAGGUUGAACAAAUUCUCUGAUGUUGUGCAUCACUUAGGAAUUCCUGUGAAAAUGUUGAUCAUUGAUUGUCCAACUCGUUGGAAUUCUACAUAUGAGAUGUUACUUGAGGCAUAUAGAGUUAAAGAUGCAUUUCCCAUUUUUGCACAAAGAGAGCCUUCGUAUAAUUAUUGUCUUAGCCUUGAUGAUUGGAUGAAAGUGAAGGAUGUUCUUGACAUUUUAGAGGUUUUUUAUGAAGCUACUCAUGUGAUUUCUGGAGUUGAUUAUCCUACCUCUAAUGUCUAUCUUGCUGUCAUUUGGACAGUCAAGCAUGUAUUGAAUGAAAAGGAAAAUCAUGUUGAUGAGUUUAUUAGAGUGAUGAUUAAAAAGAUGAAGGAGAAAUUUGAUAAGUAUUGGGGAAAUUGCAAUCUUUUGAUGGCUAUUGGAUCAAUACUUGACCCUAGGUUCAAAAUGAGGUUGGUUGAUUUUGCUUUCAAUAAGAUAUAUAACGAGGUUGAAGCUCGCACAAAUAUUAUGAAGGUUCAAGAUGCAUUAUAUAACUUGUACUUUAAGUAUGCUCAAGUUGAUAAUGCAAGGUCUCGAAAGACCAUCACCUCUGAAAGAUGUUCUUCUACAUGUGGAAACUCCUCAUCUCAAGAAAAAUUAGUGCCUAGUGGUUUGUCUAUGUUUGAUGAGUAUUUAGACACUGUUGAGGUGAAUGGUCCUUCGAAGUCGGAGUUGGACAUUUACUUGGAUGAAAGGGUUGUUAGAAGUCAAGAUGUGGAUGGAGCCUCUGAGUUUGAUGCCUUAGCUUGGUGGAAAUCUCAAGAAUUGAAGUUUAAGAUUUUAUCCACUUUAGCUCGUGAUGUUUUGGCUAUUCCCAUUAGUACUGUUGCAUCAGAGGCCACAUUCAGUGCAGGAAGUCGAGUGUUAGAUCCUUACCGUUCAAGGUUAGAUUCUGAUAUGGUGGAAGUUUUAAUUUGUGGAGCAGAUUGGGUUCGCCAUCUUCAUGGAGUCAAGAAGGAGGAAGAAGAACCUUUCCAUGUGAUGUUGAACUCCACUUAGUUUACAAGCUUGGUGGAAGAUUGGAUGUUUGACAAUUAUUCUAUUGAAAUGUUGUUUUGAUAAAUUUUAAACUUAUCUUUAUUUAUGCAUUUGAUGAAUUGCAAACUUUUGAAUGUUAUGGUGUGUAUUGAGAAUUUAAACAGUGGAAUCAUCAAAUGGGCUUU